GACAGAACAAUAUCCUUCCAAGUUUUCGACGGCAUUCGAGUGCAUGGAAUUUCUCUGGGGUCUUGCGGCGAUAUGCCGUCUGACUCCACCGCCGCAGCCGCAGCCUUCAGGGUUGCUGUUUUCGGAGAAAGAAGAGUUAAAUUAUUCGAUUUGAUUAUCAUUUCCAGCAUUCAUUCCGGGGAAUCUCUUCAAUUUUCAUUAACGCCAAUUCAGACGGUGCCUAGACUUAGCCAUUGGGUUUUGGACGUUGUCUUCCUCUCCUUCAAUGGGGAGUAUGGUCUUGCAAUUGGGUGCAGUGACAAUUCUCUUUAUUUCUGGGACAUUUCGAGAUGUAAGGUGCUUUGUCAAAUAAGCUGUUCAGAGAGGUGUCUUCUAUACUCUAUGCGUAUCUGGGGGAAGGAAGCUGAUUCUCUCCGUGUUGCAUCGGGUACAAUUUUUAAUGAGGCUUCUGACAUCCUCAUCAACUAAAAAGGUUAUUGUGUGGAAAUUGGAUUGCAAGACUGACGUUUGUGCUGUUAGCAGUCCUGCUGUAGAUCAUGUAGACCUAGUUAAUGAAAAGGGAAAUGUGUUUCCUAUUCUGAAAUAUAAAGCUAUUAAUUUACACUGGUUGACUGGACAUGAAGGAUCAAUUUUUCGCCUUGCCUGGUCACCAGACGGAUCAAAAAUAGUAUCUGUUUCUGAUGAUAGAAGUGCUCGUGUUUGGGCACUUGGGGAGUGCAAGUCUUUGCACAAUCUUGCAGGGGGUCCCAUUCAAUGCCUCAGCUCUACUCUUUUUGGUCACACUGCCAGGGUUUGGGAUUGCUGUAUUUUUGACUCUUUGAUUGUUACAGCUGGUGAGGACUGUACAUGUCGUGCAUGGGGACUGGAUGGCACACAACUUGGUUUGAUCAAAGAGCACAUCGGACGGGGAAUAUGGCGGUGUGCCUAUGAUCCUAGUUUUGCAUUGCUUGUUACAGCGGGAUUUGAUUCUUCCAUAAAGGUUCACCAGCUGCAUGCAUCUCCUGAAUGUUUAGGCAAAAUUGUUGGAGAACUGAAAUUGUCAUUUUAUGAACCGGAGGCCUUUAGAAUCUCUAUCCCAAAUUCUACCAAACAUAUCAGCCAUAUGGAUAGCAAGAGUGAAUAUGUUCGUUGUUUGCGUUUUUCACGUGAAGAUUCUCUUUAUAUUGCCACAAACAGUGGCUUCGUAUACCAUGCUAAACUAUGUCGUACAGGGCAUGUUAGUUGGACAAACCUUUUUCACAUUGGGGAGGAUGCACCAAUAAUUUGUAUGGACAUUCUAUCAAAUGGGUCUGAUCCUUGUGGAACUGACGAUUGGGUUGCUGUGGGAGAUGGUAAAGGUAGAAUGAUGAUUGCCCACAUUGCUGGUGAUGUUUUUAGCCCUAAAGUAGAUCAUCAUUCUCUAACCUGGUCUGCUGAAAUUGAGAGACAGCUUUUGGGGACUAACUGGUGCAAGUCUCUGGGAUUUAGGUUCAUCUUCACUGUGGAUCCUAGAGGGAGGUUGAAGCUUUGGAGGGUAUGUAACUCUCUGUCUUCUGCUUCUCAUGUCGAGGCAGCUUAUCAUCCAGAAUUGGUUCACGAGUUUGUCUCUUGUUUCGGAAUGCGGAUCAUUUGCUUGGAUGCAUCACUGAAGGAUGAGGUGCUAGUGUGUGGGGAUAUCCGUGGAAAUGUUUUGCUGUUUCCUUUAAAAGAGAAUGUACUAUAUACCGCUCCUAUACCUUUAGAAGAGAAAGUAUCUCCACAGGCUUAUUUCAAAGGAGCUCAUGGAAUAUCAACAGUGUGUAGCAUUUCAAUCGCUGGAUCUAUUCCUAGUCAACUUGAUAUACACUCUAGUGGGGGAGAUGGAUGCAUCUGCUACUUUGAAUAUGACAGGAAUCGAAAGAAAUUGGAAUUUACAGGAAUCGAGCAAGUGAAAGAACUGAGCACUGUACAUUCUGUCUACUCCAGUGCCAACUAUAAUGACAAUAUGCCAAGGGGUAGCUAUGCUAUAGGGUUUGCAUCUUCGGAGUUUAUAAUUUGGAAUUUAAGUUCUGAAAGAAAGGUUUUACAAGUAUCAUGUGGUGGAUGGCGGCGGCCUCAUUCUUAUUAUCUUGGCCAUUCCCCUGAGAUGAAGAAUUGCUUUGCUUUUGUGAAGGUGUUUCUGUUUCAGUGCUCUACUUUAUUCAUGUUCUGUUGAGGGAUUUGAACUAGGAUAGUAGAUGAUUUUUUGUUCUGGGUUUCUCUCUAGUGCCUAGAACUGGCUAGAAAGAAGUAGGCUACACUGUAUGAUGUAUGUGUGUCACGAUUAUCUGUGUUGAAUAAGGGAGGGAUGUGUAGAAAGAGGUCGACAAAUGUUUCACUUGAGAGCAAAUGGGCACAACAGUUAUAUAUAAUGUAUAUGCAUAUAAAACCACCCUUGGAUUAGUUUUGCAGGGACAUAGCAAGUGGAUG